GGCGGCAGUCGAGGCUUGUCAGUCGACCGAGCAGUACACGCGUCGUUGCUCUCGGCUCGAACGCGUGAUAAACAACGUGUACGAAAACGGGACGCGAUGUACAAACACGAGAAAGUUAAAUUCGAGUGACAGUAUGUUUCGCGUGUAACAGAUCACUCGAAGUUUUAUCGUUGCGUGUUUUUUGUUUCUGUGUGUGUCCCGUACGAAUCGGAACUCGGUUAAUCGACCGUGCUACUGGAACGAUCCCUUUCCCUUUCGACUAGAGAAAAAAGGACGUUUGUUCGUUCGAGGAGGAUGAAAGAGAAAGAAAGCUCAGGGAGGGCAGCGCGGAAAGGGGCUGAGAGUUGCUUCCUUCGUAAAGGGUGGACUAUCGACGAUCACUCCCGAGAACAAUAAAUCGAGUCCAGCAAGUGGACGUUCGGAAAGAUCGAGUUGCAGUGGCCAUAAACGACCAAUGUCUCGUUACGAUGACCUCGUGCCGUUCAAAGGUAGCCUGGAUCGAGGGAAAUCACGAUUUAUCGGUUCGUUCGACUGUCAGUGGCCAAGUGGAACGUUCGAUCGGUCGAUAAUUCGAUUGGUCGACCAGGAACGACGUUAAUUAUGGGUCGGUACGAGCGCUCGAUCGCUGUUACACCGCCAGAUCGUGUAACGAACGCGAAGAAAGCCAGUUCGGCAAAAAAACGGACGUAGAGGUCGGAAAUGGGCAUCAGCUAAUUGGAUAGCCCGUAAUUUAGAGGCAAUCCAGAGCCGAGUGACGUUGACACGUUGAAACGUCGAGGACGGAUCGAGAUCGAUGUUCGAUUAACGAGAAGACUCGUUUGACCAGACGCUGGGAUAACGUGGGACCAUUAGAAGCAUCGAAAUGAAGCUGGGUGAUAAUAUGACUAUGGAAGCGUAUAAUAUAUGGGGCGAUGUUCCUCCACGGAAAUGUCGGCCACCGAAGAUCGGCGAUAUACCAAAACACAACGCAAUCGACGAAGAGUCGCCAGGGUCCAUCUCCAAGUCGCUGACAGCCUCCUCGGACUCGAGGGACCUGAACCUGCCACUGGACACUUCCGGAAACAUAGUCUUUCCAUUAGACUCGGGCACGUCCACCGAUCAGUUCGCGCCACUUCGGAAGCUCGAAGGAAAGAAAGGCCUUUUCAAAGAAGCCGUUCGAUUGCGACACUCGACCAUAGCGGAGCCUUCGAAUUUGAGAGGUCGAGAUUCCGAACGGAGAUCCAGGUGCUUUCAGGAGGACCUCUCUAGGAAGUUACCGAGUCUGACCAGUCCGAAGGAGCCGGAACCAGAGAAACCGACCGAUUUCGAGAAGGUUACAAUCAAAUUGCCUGUUCUUCGAGAGUCGACGCUUUUGAAGUCCAGCGACCGAGAGGACUCCUCCAGGAUUCCGUCCAGCCCUGAAGACACCUCCGACCAGGAGAUCGUCGAGGUUCGCAAGGACAGCGCCCUGUUCCUGGAGGAGGCGGAAGGACUACCCGCUCUUAGGGAGAUCCUGAAGUCGAGGGCACCACGGGUCAUCAGACCCAGAAGAGAGAGCAGCGGGUACGCGAGCAACCUGGGCACUUUCGACGAGGACAGACGGAACUCGUCGUCCGUGGACGUCCUGCAGGACCUGUCCUCGUUCCUGAAGGAGAGACGGAGAUCCUCCGUGGGGCCUAAACGUCUGAACAGAGCCCUCAUUAGCAGGACCGAGGACUUGACGGAGGUGGACCCUGAAGAGAGGAUGCCUACCACGGAGAUUCACAGGAAGGUGUCGGGUGCUGGGCUCGAGAUGCCCAACAUCGAGGAGGUGAAGGAGCUGCUGAGGGACGAUGUGCCUUCUAGGCAGGAGAGUCUGGAUAACCUGUGCAGUCUGAUGACGCAGGUCAGCACAGAGGAGCUGACACGCUGUCGUCUUCUGGGCGACCCAAUGGACGCCCACGUCACAAAGGACUCGGAGGUGGCCGCAAUAUGCAGGCAGCCAGAUGUGUCCUCGGGCGGUCUCGACGUCUCGUUCAACGAGUCGAUCAGUCGUCUCUCGACGUCUCCGUCUUCAAGAAGUACAUCAAAUCGAUUCCCUUCACCCUGCCUGGACAACGGGUCUAAGAUCGAGCAGCUGAGGCCUAUCGAGGAUAAAUCGAUCAACGAGUCUCAGACCAAAGACUCUGUCCAGAAAGAGGACAGGUUCAGUGUUCUUCCACGAUCGAUCAAAAUGUACCGAUUAAUGUCCACCCAGUCGGAGGACAGGAUAGACGGCGAGCUGGACAGGAGGAUAUCCUUCCAGAUGACUAAGCAGGACGUCACGGGUUCCGGGAAGGAGUCCAGGGAUUCGUCUUCCCGAUCACCGAGUCGAGCCACGAACGUCUCGAUGCUGAAGAGCAGCGUCUCCAGCGAUAUACAAGCGUUGAACGAAGACGCGGACGAUUCAUCUGUCAGGACAGUUUGCUCAGGGGAGGUGGGGACGAGCCAGAGGUUCCUCGGGGACACAUCCAACGUGACAGUCAGACCCAUUUAUCCUUACUGCCCUUAUUCGCCCUACGGCAGCCCGCAGGGAUCGCCCAGAAACAGGAGGAGACCCCUCAGGGAGAGCAGGAGGGUCUCCAUUGAUAAUAGGCAAGGGGCUUUGCAGCUCAACCAGUAUAAGCUGCUGGAUAACAUUGGCCAGGGUUCCUACGGGAUCGUAAAGUUGGCGUACAACGAGGAGGACGACACCCACUACGCAAUGAAGAUUCUCAGUAAGAAGAAGCUGAUGAAGAAAGCUGGAAUUUUCGGUAGAAUGGCGCCCGGUAGGAAGGGUGCAGCCAACCCUUUGGCGAAGGUCUACCGGGAAAUUGCUUUGUUGAAGAAAUUGGAUCACCCUAAUGUUGUGAAACUGGUGGAGGUGCUCGACGACCCGGACGAAGACAAUCUUUACCUUGUUUUCGAACUGGUCCAGAGGGGUGAAAUUCUUCAGAUACCGACGGACAAACCCCUCGACGAAGAAACCGCCAGGAAGAACUUUCGUGACGUUGUAAUGGGAGUGGAAUAUCUGCACUACCAGAGAAUAGUCCAUCGCGAUAUAAAGCCGAGUAACUUGUUGGUGGACAGUGACGGCCGCAUCAAGGUCGCGGAUCUGGGUGUCAGCGCUGAGCUGAGAGCUUCCGGUGAAUUAUUAUCCGGACCAGCUGGUACCCCGGCAUUCGCGGCACCAGAAACGACCACACCUGGCGCCCAUUAUUCCGGAACUUUAUGCGACGUGUGGUCAAUGGGAGUGACCCUCUACUCCCUCGUAACCGGAAGAGUACCCUGGGACGGCGCCGGAAGUAUAAUCGGCGUCCAAGCCGCAGUGCGUACCGAACCCCUAAAAUUCCCCGAGAAACCAGUCCUCUCUGACAGUCUCCGCGAAUUGAUCUCAAAGAUGUUGGCCAAAGACCCCUCCAAUCGUAUCAGCCUAUCAGAAAUAAAAGAAGAUCCAUGGCUGACGAACAACGGUGCCGAACCUCUACCCAGCGAAGCCGACAACUGUCGACUUCCGGUGACCGUCACCGACGAGGAGGUUGAACGGGUCGUCACCAGGAUACCAAAGCUCGACACUCUGAUCCUCAUCAAAACCAUGCUGAAGCAGCACAGCUUCCAGAAUCCCUUUCUACCGAAGAAGAGCGGGAAAACAGCGUGCGUCGAUACCCCGACGGAUAGCAUCGAAUUAUCCCCCGGAAGAGCGGACGAGGGCAUGGCGUCUAGGGAGAGGAUCAGGAACUUGAAAUCGGAACGAUUCCAGAGGACGGGCAGAAGCAAUUCCGCUCCGGAUUCUUACGAUUGGCAUACGAACGGCAGACAAAUAUCUAUAGACAGUCCUCUACCACCCGUGACAGAGGCGUCCACUCAGGAGGCGGAAAUUGAGAAACGGUGAUACUGCUGAGAAACUCGGAUGAACAUAAAAGGAACCAUGAGCAACCGGAUUGGUUGACAAACACGGUAUGAGCCGAAUUCAUGAUUCACGACCCGGCAACACUACGUCGAACACGUGUCACAAAUCGAAAAAUCUACCAUGAAUCUUUUUUCGGUCAAUGUUCUAAUUUCAUUCGAAUUUCAACCCCUUGCACUAUUACCAGGUAUUAACAGCUGCAAUAUUAACUUUUACAACUUAUUUGUUGGAUGCGAGUCCAAAAUUGUUCACAGGUAUAAUAUAACCUAAUCACUAUGCAAAUUGGACUUGAACUUAAAAUUGAAAAGUAUUAGUUUAAUAUUUAUGAGUAAACUUGACGCACAUGGUGCGUCACGAGUCUGAUAUUAUAAGGGAUUAAUACAAAGAAAAUUGAAAUGUUAUAUUACUUUGAUAUCACAAUGCAAUCUGAACUCGAACUAAAAAUAUCAAUUUAGAAUUGAAAAGUAAAAUGACGCACAUGGCGCGUCACUCGUAAAAAUAGUGCAAGGGGUGAUCGAUCAUUCUCAAUAAUUUCUAGCAACAUUAGAAGCGUAAUUGUACAGGAACUUUUAUACACGGCAGAAAAAGUGCACUGAUUUUAUCUUGUCGAACGCUAUCGAACGAUAAUCUUGUUCGGCAAAACGUUGAAUUAAACUCGCAGAACAAUUUUUCACGCGCGUGUCGCGCGAUAAUUACCAUGUCGUGUUUGUAACUGACAAACGAUCUGAUUGCGAGCCGUCGUUGAAAAUCCGCCUUAAACGCGUCAGCGAACACCUGCACGAUUCUUCAAGCUCGAAAGUAACGAAUUUACGGACAACUCGGACAGUCCGGAAACUUCUCGUUGAAAAUGGUUUCGUAACGCGGGGCUAGUUAAUGCCGACUGUCGCGGUGUUGGAAACAGGAGG